AUGGCAAUCAAGCUUAAACUAAAAGUACCCUCCUCAAGUGGGUCCACGCCCUCACAACCACAGGAUGCACCACCACUUCCUAAAUUGAAAAUCAAAGCACCAUCAAAAUCACCAUCAACUGGUCCAACAAUAAGUAUCAAAAGAAGAAAAAGUGAAGGCACAGAUCCAAAAGAAAAGAUCAAAAAACUAAAGAUAACGUUUCCAGGCACUAAGCCUAGUCCUACCACCACUACCACUACUGCUCCUCCUUCUUCUAGUGGGGAUGGUUUGAAUAUUGUUGCACAACCAGCACCUAGAGUGGUACCCCGAGUAAGAAUAAAACCAACCAGAGUUCCUGGUGAAGGCUACGAUUCAGAAGCUCCCGAUUUGGAAGAUGAUCCAUUGAUAGAACAAGGUAUAGUAGUGCGGUUUUUGAAUGAUGCCAAUUUAGAUUUUGUUCAUAAUGCGGUUGAUUCUGGUGAUUUGACCGGAUUGGUGAUAAAAUGGAUAACAAAAGAUAAAGCAGUCAUAAAUAUAAAUGGAACCCUCUAUUCGGCGAGAUUGAUUGAUUUACCUACGAUAACGGAAUUAUAUAAGACAAUUGAUCGGAAGAAUAUUUUUAAAACGUUUGAUAUUUGUCAAAUUUUAUUAGUUUUACAUCAAGUGAAUCCAUCUCAAUUGAAUACGGAAAAGGAUUUUGAAGUACCGAAAGAAUAUCUAUUCCAACAUCCUUUUUAUAAAUAUGCUAAGGGGGGAGAAAUCAGACCUCGGAAAAUGGUUUAUAGGAAUGGGGUAUUGGCCCCAUUUGAGGAUGUAUAUCGUAGAUUCCGCCCUACAAGAGCAGACCAUAGAGUAAUUGAAGAUAUUGAAAGUAAAGUAGAUGAAUUGAUUAAAUUAGACAAUGAAGCAGAAGAAAGUCAUUUUGAAUUAAUAGAUAGUAAGCAAUUACAACAACAAAGAUAUGGAGCAUCAAGUGCGACACCUUCGGCAGUGUCUACUCCACUUCCACUUAAGACGGAAUAUCCAGAGCAUGAAAUAUAUGAGAAUACUGGGGGAGUGGAGGAUAAUGAACUUACGGAAGAUAUCGAACUUCAUCUUGAAGAAGAAUUGAAUAAGGUCCUUGAUGGGGAUAUUGAAUCUGAAGAAGAGCAAGGCACAACUCAAAUCGGCCAAGCUACUCCUGGUGAAAUGGAAGAGAAUGAGGAAGAAGGCGAAGAAGAGGAGGAGGAAGAAGAAGAAGAGGAGGAAGAGGAAGAAGAAGAAGAGGAAGAGGAGGAAGAAGAAGAAGAAGAGGAUGACGGCGGAAAAUCCGGAAAGCAACAUGUCAAAUUGUUAGAAGAAGAAAUUGCAGAACUUGAAAAGGUUGUUGAACAUCAUAGAAAGAACUUGGCAACUGCUUCAAGUAAGAUGUUACGAAUGAAAUUUCAAAAUACGUAUACAUCUUUGAAAUCUUCAUUAGAACUGAAAAAGAGAGAUUUAGCCAAAUAUUUAGACGAACAAGAAUCUUUACAAAAGAAACUGGUACCAUCACAUGUAACAAAAGGACAAAUUGACGAAGAAGAAGAUGAGGAAGAAGGAGAAGGGGAAGAAGAUGAAGUACAACAAGACGAAGAGGAAGAUGUAGAAGAACAGGAAGAAGAAGAAGAAGAAGAUAAUCUUGAUGAUAUUGACGAUUUAUUCUAA